AAAAGGAUUACAUAAAGAAAUGUGUGGUAGUUGUUGGAGAAAGAAGUGUGAGUAAGAUCAUAAGCAAAAGCAACGGUGAACUGAAGAUGCCGGUUCUCACCCUUUCUACUAACGUUAGCCUUAAUGAUUUAGACGCCUCUUCGAUACUCUCCCAAGUAAUCUCCACCGUCGCCAGCAUCAUGCGCACACCUGAGCCUUUUGUGAUGGUUUCACUGGAAGGAUCAACAACCACAUGUUUUGGUGGGACUGAGGAGCCAGCUGCCUAUGGUGAACUGGUGUCCAUGGGUGCUCUUAACCCAGAAUUGAACAAAAAACUGAGUGCUGGAAUUGCCUGCGUUCUUGAAACCAAGUUGUUGGUGCCAAAGUCACGGUUCUUCUUAAAAUUCUAUAACACAGAGGGCUAUAAUUGUGCAUUGAACGGGUCUAUCAUGGUAGUCGAGUCCAAAUGAUGGAAAGAGAAAACCUGUUACUUUAUUGUUAUUGUAAUUUUGACAUGCUAUGAAUAGUAAGUAUUUCAUUAAUUCCUUACUUAUUAAUAACAUUUUUCUUUUAUAAAACGGCAACUCAAAUUGUAUUUAAUUUUUGUUAGUCAAGUCUUAUUCUGUCUAUAA